CUUCAAUUCACCCUUAAAAGUUAAAACUACGCCAUCUCUCUCACUCUCUUCCCCAUUUCAAAUCCCACUCCCCAAAAUUGAACUCCUUCAGUUACCGCAUUAAUGUCGAACUCAGAGAUCCCCGCCGCGCCACCGCAAGAGCCGGACUCAGCCCCGGAACCAGCGCCAGAGAUGGAAGCUGAGCGCCAAGAAAAACACAGCCAGGAGCCGAGCAACAACAUCAGCAGCCUCACAUUCAGCAUAUGGCCCCCGACGCAGCGCACCCGCGACGCCGUCGUGAACCGCCUCGUUGAGACGCUCUCGACCGUCUCCGUUCUCUCCAAGCGCUACGGCACUCUGCCUCAGGACGAGGCCUCCGUCGCCGCUCGUCUCAUCGAGGAAGAGGCGUUCGCCGCCGCCGCAGGCGGCUCCUUUUCCGCCGAGGACGACGGUAUUGAGAUCCUCCAGGUCUACUCAAGGGAGAUCAGUCGCCGCAUGCUCGAUACUGUCAAGAACCGCGCCGCUUCGGGCUCUGCCGCUGACACCACUAUGCCGCUGACUGCGAGCCCGUCUGUGGCACCCGCCACCACCACCACCACUGUCAGUGAAGAUGACUCGUCCGCUGUGACCGAUUCUUGAUCUGUCCCUAGGGUUUAGGGGUUUAUGGUAUAUUAGGGUUUCUGUUAUCUGAGAUAGUAUCUGCUAUAUUCGGAUCUGUUUGAUGCUUAUUUCGUGAUGAUGACCCUGCUUAUAUUACUUAUGUUUGUCCGAUAAUGUUAUGAGGUUCGAUUUUUUGUUUUUCUUGAUAUCA